CCCAUCGCUAGGAGGGCUGGGAGUGCUGAAUCAGAUUUCCCAAGUGCCCAUGGCUGAGGACCAGAUGGAUAAGAAUUUUCCUCUGAGGGUAUAUUUCUGGUCGUUUCCACCACGCACGGUCGGUUGGAAGAGUGGAUCGAUAAGCAAUUGGUCGCCAACAACGAGAGGAGAAAGAGUGCCCUGCAAUGACUCCGGCUGACUUCGGUUUCUUGCCCAUUCCAAGAAGACUACGUUACGAUCCUGACAAGCCAUUCCACUUUGGCCUUGUAUUGAACGCAGCUUUUGGGUUCGCCAGCACAUUCACCGUUGCAAACCUUUACUAUUGUCAGCCCCUGCUGAUUGAAUUCUCAAAAUCAUUUAACGUAACUUACGAGCAGGUUUCACAAAUACCAACAUUGGUACAAGCUGGCUAUGCUUCUGGUCUGUUGUUGAUCACACCGCUCGGAGAUCUGGUCCGAAGACGACCGCUCAUACUCCUUCUUGUACUGCUUUCGACAUCUUUCACCGUUGGACUCUCGGUUACGACCGAUUUACGACUUUUCGAGGCGUUAUGCUUUUUGACAGGGCUUGUCACAGUUACCCCACAGAUUCUCAUGCCUCUGGCUGCUGACCUGGCCCCACCUGACCGAAGGGGAACAGCACUCUCUGUCGUACUUUCAGGCUUGAUGUUUGGUGUCUUAGCAGCGAGAGUACUGGCCGGCGUCAUCGCCAACUUUGCUUCUUGGUGCAUAAUUUAUUAUAUGGCAAUCGGCGUCCAGGCCCUGGUUCUUGUCGGGGCAUACUUCAUGCUACCAGAUUACCCAGCUAAAAACACAGAUUUAAACUACUUCCAAAUUCUUGGAUCCAUGGCAAGAUAUGCGGUUACCGAGCCGCUCGUCGCACAGGCAGCUUUGAUCAAUAUCGCAUCGAGUGCUUGCUUCAGCGCGUUUUGGGUCACCCUUACAUUUCUGCUAGGUGGCCCGCCGUACUAUUAUUCGACACUUGUUAUCGGCCUGUUCGGACUCGUCGGGAUGUUUGGUGUGCUGGUUGGACCGUUCGCUGGCCGCCUUAUCGACAAGCUCGUUCCUUGGUAUGCUACGCUCAUUGCGACUCUAGUUCUGUCGAUAUCCCAAGCUGUGCAGACGGCGGCCGGCGGAAUAAACGUCUCUGCGGUUAUUAUUGCGUGUUUCGGCCUAGACGCCGCUCGCCAAAUGCAACAGGUAUCGCUGUCAACGGCCGUCUUUUCUAUAUCAGCGACAGCGCUGGCGCGCCUGAAUGCCAUACUGAUUCUAUCCCUCUUCAUUGGCCAAGUUAUGGGCACGUCGGUUGGUACGAUAGUAUUCCUACAGCAUGGCUGGCGUGCAUGUGCGGUGCUUUUGCAGGCUUGGCAAGGAUUCCAACUUGCGGUGCUUUUUUUGCGGGGGCCACACUGUCCAAGGAAGCAUUGGUUCGGUUAUGCUGGGGGGUGGGCAGCUGGGAAGUAGGUUGUUGAUGGGGAACGCGUAGACGAUUCCAUACAAGAGCAAGGUGAAACUCCAACUGAGGGAGAGUCAGGGAAGGUUAGAUCUGGGGGGAAAUCAGAAAAAGCUGAAGAUGGAGUAGUCCGAAACCGCUACCUGCGAGAUGAUGGCGGAAUAGCAUGAUUUCGAACGUGUGUAGUUGGCAGGCACCUUCGAUAUAUCCCGGAUCUUAUGACAUCCGUGUAAAAACAUGCGAUGCAUUGUACAUUGAUCAAUCGGAACGCGCUGCGGCGGUCUUGGAAAGGGGAUCUUGUGGAGCUAAAUAUUUGAUAGCGGCAGGAACAUAGUAUGGUUGGAGGGAUGUGGAACCUGU